UGGAGAGGCCGGCUCGCUGUGUCUGUCUGUCUGCCGGGUGGGGGAGCAGCAGCCGCCCAGCCACUCGCUCGCUCGCUCACUCGGGCCCGAUAGCACGAAGAAGCAGCGCAGCCAGCACCCGCCGUCGCGCCCAGAGGAGCCCAGCCCAGCGGCAUCAUGCCCAAGACGAUCAGUGUUCGGGUGACCACCAUGGAUGCUGAGCUGGAGUUUGCCAUCCAGCCCAACACGACCGGGAAGCAGCUGUUUGACCAGGUUGUGAAAACAAUUGGCCUGAGAGAGGUCUGGUUCUUCGGACUUCAGUACCAGGAUACAAAGGGCUUCUCAACAUGGCUGAAGCUAAACAAAAAGGUGACGGCACAGGAUGUCCGCAAAGAGACUCCGCUGCUUUUCAAAUUCCGUGCCAAGUUCUACCCUGAGGAUGUGGCGGAGGAGCUGAUUCAAGACAUCACACAGCGCCUCUUCUUCCUCCAAGUGAAGGAAGCCAUCUUGAACGACGACAUCUACUGCCCCCCGGAGACUGCAGUGCUGCUGGCUUCGUAUGCCGUCCAGUCCAAACAUGGCGACUUCAACAAAGAGGCACACAAGCCCGGCUAUCUGACUAGUGAAAAAUUGCUUCCUCAAAGAGUUUUGGAGCAGCACAAGCUCAACAAGGAUCAGUGGGAAGACCGGAUCCAGGUCUGGCACGAAGAGCAUCGGGGAAUGCUCAGAGAAGAUGCCAUCUUGGAGUAUCUGAAAAUUGCGCAAGAUUUGGAGAUGUAUGGCGUAAACUACUUCAGUAUUAAGAACAAGAAAGGAUCUGAACUCUGGCUGGGAGUUGAUGCCCUUGGGCUCAACAUUUAUGAGCAGAAUGACAGGUUAACACCAAAAAUUGGAUUCCCUUGGAGUGAGAUCAGGAAUAUUUCAUUCAAUGAUAAGAAGUUUGUUAUCAAGCCGAUUGACAAGAAAGCACCAGACUUUGUAUUUUAUGCCCCACGGCUAAGGAUUAACAAGCGCAUUCUGGCUUUGUGCAUGGGGAACCAUGAGCUCUACAUGCGUAGGCGUAAGCCAGACACAAUUGAGGUGCAGCAAAUGAAGGCCCAAGCCCGGGAGGAGAAGCAUCAGAAACAGAUGGAGAGAGCCUUGUUGGAGAAUGAGAAGAAAAAGAGGGAACUGGCAGAGAAGGAGAAGGAGAAGAUAGAGCGGGAGAAGGAAGAACUGAUGGAAAGACUCCGGCAGAUCGAGGAGCAGACAAAGAAAGCUCAGCAAGAACUGGAAGAGCAGACCCGCCGGGCGCUGGAGCUGGAGCAGGAAAGGAAAAGAGCUCAGGAAGAGGCCGAGAAGCUGGCAAAGGAGCGGCAAGAAGCCGAGGAGGCAAAGGAAGCCUUGCUGAGAGCAUCCCAUGACCAGAAGAAGACCCAGGAGCAGCUGGCUGCUGAAAUGGCGGAGCUCACAGGCAGAAUCUCCCAGCUGGAGCUGGCCCGGCAGAAGAAAGAGAGCGAGGCUAUGCAGUGGCAGGAGAAGGCCCAGAGAGUGCAAGAAGACCUUGAGAAAACCAAGGAAGAGCUGAAGACGGCCACGACCACCGCUCACGUCUCGGAGCCCAUGCAGUCGGAGAACGAGCACGAUGACGAGCAGGACGAGAACGCCGCAGAGGCCAGCGCAGAGCUGAGGGCGCACGCCUCCAUCAAGGACCGCAGCGAGGAGCAGCGCACCACGGAGGCCGAGAAGAACGAGAGGGUCCAGCAGCACUUGAAGGCUCUCACGUCUGAGCUGGCCAAUGCCCGGGAUGAGACCAAGAAGACGGCCAACGAUAUGAUUCACGCCGAGAACAUGCGGCAGGGCCGCGACAAGUACAAGACCCUCCGCCAGAUCCGGCAAGGGAACACCAAACAGCGUAUCGAUGAGUUCGAGUCCAUGUAACCGUCCCGGUGCUGCUGUCCCCGCACAGUCUCUCUCUCCCUUGCUCCACCCCUCCCCUUUUCUCCCCCCCCCCCCGCGCGCGCGUGUAACCACGUUAUGCUGGAACCACUACAGAAGAGUGGCCGUGGUCUUGGAGUUUUGCGCUGAUGCUGCCGUUCAGCAUAGCAUAGGGCCAAACAAAAACAAAAUUUGUCAGUUGUGCCUUAUUGCCAGUUCCUUGCUUCAGCUGGUGUCAAGAGACAUCUCCACUCCUGGGGGCUUUCUCUUGCUGCUUGGGAUGCCAGGGGGUCUGGUGCUGCAGGCCUUGGCUUGGCCUGGCCUGGCCAGGUGCUGAAGGAACUGGAGCGCCUCCUGUUCCUGCCAGCCGAGUUUCGACAUAGUGUGGUGAAGGGAAACGGGUCGAAAAUACCAGAGUGCAGCAUUUGUGCCUUCCUUCCCGCCACCAAAGACCAAACCUUUUCAGGAUUGCCUGAGGCUCAGUAGACCGAACCAAUCCCUCUGAUCUCUGGAGUGAUCUGCAUGUGCCACUAACAAAGCGGCUGAGAGGCCGGGCGGUUUCACUGUGAGCUUGGGAGUAGACCUGGGUGGCUAGACCACCUUGCCGCUGAGGUGGCUUUUGCCCCGUUCAACAGGAAGAAAGUUCUGCUCAGCCGCUUGGGUGUUGCCAUUCCUCUUGCCAAUGUAUUUGGACCGAGUGUCUGAAAUGGGGGGUUGUCUUGGCCAUGAAGCCCCAGGAGAGAGAGAGAGAGAGAGAGAGAGGCACAAAUAGAAAACUAGUCUUCUGGGGACAGACUUCUAGCCCAAGGCCACCCCUCAUGGUGCCUUACGGCACUUCCCAUUCUCUCUAGCAAGUGUUAGGCUUUUAGAAAGGGCCUUCUUGUUGAUCUACACGACCAGCAGUUAGACAUUGGCCCUGCCGCGACCCCCAGCUCUGCUUCAGGGCUUUGCACACAUCGAGGGUUAACGUUCUUGCCUACAUCCCCAUCCCCUAGUAGUGGCCGUCACUGGUUUCUCUUUUUGCUGCCUUGCUUUUUGGAAGGUGGCUGUCUUGAGAUCUCUUGCUCUGGGAUUUCUUUUGCUUUUGGCUUUCCAAAAAAAUGUGUGCUUGGAUUUUACGGAGACUUAACUCUCCAUCUACUGAUGACAAAAGAGAUGAUUCCAGGUCUGGGUAGAGCUGUGUCCUGUUGCUUCCUGCCAGCUAUUCUGAGGGCAUUCGCUUCUCCAGCUGAGCUUGCCAGUCACUCCUGAUGUCCGGUGACCCAGGGCUGCCUCCAUUAAUUGGAGGAAGAUGCAGAUUUCACCAGGGUUGAGCUGGGUAUGGAUGAGACACACACCCACACCCCUUUUAGGAGAUGAGGCUAGGAGGCAGAAGAAAGACUUUCUUCUCUCACUCAGAGUAGACUUUAUUCCCAGAGAAGCUGCUCAGACCUCUGAGUGCCCUUGAUGGCGCUUCUUUAAAUGCCUGCACUCCAUCUCGCCUUGCUGGAUUUUCCCUUUCCAGUCUUUGUUAAUUCAAGUCAAGUAUUGUUACUGUGAUCAGACAUAUAGAAGGAAGUGUAGAGGGCCAUGCAGCUGCAAAGGCUGUUUGCAGAUAGUACGUAAGAAGGAUGCAAAAGUCCACUUCAGUGGGAUGUGAUGGAAAUGCUGCCGUGUCCCAGUAGGGCUCUCUCAGCGCCCCCAGGUUUCCUUAUUUGCUUUGGGUAGUUUAUAAGUUGUGCCAGCUGCACAGACAUCUGUCAAAAUGCAGCACAUUCUGGAUUCCAAAGAUUGCCAUCUAAAUGUCCAACAUAGUGCCUUCCAAUAUGCUCCCUAUACUGACACCCCACCCCACCCCCAAUAUUAAUGUGCCUUUUAGGAAGUUUGAGUGGGGGACAUGAACAGUCAGCCCCUCCUUCUCCUCAAAAACCGACAACUCCAUAGCUUUGAACACUUUUCUUGAAAAGAGACCUGUCAGCUAACUUGUCAGAACUGAUUUGCAUGCUCUCCUGCUGAAGAGUUCUGUGGCUUGCCCUCUCAUUACUGAGAGAACAAUUCGCCAUUAAAUUUCUGGGGCCUGAGCUGGUUCUUGGCAAUGCUCCCCAGCUCUUACUGGUACACUUUGAUCUGCAUCCAUCCUCCCACCAAGCAGUUCCUCCGGGGGAAGGAUGCAGUGCCUACAAGAUCCAUGUUUAUGGCUGUGAAAUAGUUGCUGGGUCCCGGAGCUUGGUGGAUCGGGCCACCUUCUGUUCCUGUCCAGUUCCUUCCAAAUGGUCCCGAGGAGGACGGAGCCAACCGACCUGUGCCAGAGAGACCCACACCUCAUGUAGUCGUUUCAGCUCUUCUUCCCUGAUCUUACCAGUAUUAUGUACUCCAGUGGUAUCUAAUGAUUUUCAUUCUCUUUUCUAGCUAUGCACGAUUAGAAAAUAUUAAUCUUGGAAGUGUUGGGAGAGGGGAGUUUCCCCUUCUUGGAAAAAAGUAUACUGUAUUGUAAAGAGAUAUUUUGCAAGGAAAUUAAUGUAAGGAGUGUUCAGUAUUACAAUAAGAUUUCUAGACACAUUUUUUUAUUUGUUAGGAUACAUGGAGACGCUUCCCUCUCUCAAUUCCCCCACUUGUUUACUACUAUUACAUGGAUAUGUACUAUCCUUGGGGGGCGGGAGGAUUACUCUAUUAAGCAUUUUUGCCUGGCUUUAUUUUGUAUGUUGAAAUUUUGCUGUAAAUUAUGUCUACUUUUUUUGACCAACAUUUUUACAUGUUUUGUUAAAACUCCAGAACUCCUAAAGGGGUACAGUGCCUCUCUGGCUAGCCUCAAAGAUCCUUGGCGUUCAGAGGGGCUUUGUCUAAAUUUCACAGCCUGUCCUCUUCAUUCAGUGCCAAUAAAGUUUAGAAUAAUUGA